AUGCACAUGUCUCUCUUCGGCGACGACGACGACCUGCCCUCGCGACCAAAGGCGCAGCAAUCGUCGUCAUCGCUCUUUGACGACGAUCCGAAACCCGCAGGCAACAGCUUGUUCGCAGACGACUUUCAAGGCGACGACUCGCCGUGGGGCUUCAAUCCCACGCCAAAGAAACAGAAAGGCUCUCUGCUGAAGUCGCUGCUGCCCGCCUCGGACGUGCCCGACUCGUACAUCGAUGCGUUCGACAGGGUGCUUGAGUCUGGCGAGCGCGAGGGCAGUGGCAUCAGUGUAGCGGAGAUCAAGAAACUUCUGGGAAGCAGUGGGUUGCCGAGCGAUAAGGACGCCAAGAUCCUGGGGAUUGUGUCGCAGCCAGAGCAGGAAAGCACGGGCGUGGGAAGGAACGAGUUCAACGUGCUGUAUGCGCUCAUUGGGCUCGCGCAGGAGGGUUAUGACGCAUCGGAGCUGUCGCUGGACAGCGUGGAUGAGAGGAAGAGGAACCUCCCGGUGCCCUCUGUCUCGCUCCCGCAGCCGCCGCAACCAGAACCGAAAGCGAGCGAACCUCCAGCCCCAGCUCAAACACAACGACCGCCUACCCCGCCCCAACAGCAAUCUGCGCCACAGCCGGAAACGACACCCAACCGGUCGCGUGCCCCAAUGCGCAAGCAGUCCUUUAGCGAUCCUGAAGCGGAUCCUUGGGGGUCGCCUGACCUGCACAGAGGACACAACCAUUCGAGCUAUACUGCAGUGCCUACACAGACCAACGGCAUGAACGUGCCGGCUGUGACGCGAACGACAAGCCAGUUCACCACCAAUACGGCGUCUUCGACCACGACUCCGAUCGUCGAGCCGACACCACAGCGUCCAAGCUCGUACGGCAGCGAAGGCGGCUGGGGAGGCUUCAAUCCAAACGCAGACCAGAACUUCUCCAACCCAUCUCUUGGGGCUGAAGCUGGGGUCUUCGGGCAGCCUUCAAGUGGAGAGGGCGGAGCCAAUGCGCCAGCCAACCUUGGAAGAUCCCUCGGCGGAGGGCGCAUUGCAGGCAGCGGGCCCGAGGAAGUCAUAACCGUCACCACGCUCGCCGAGAAAGAGGGUGUCUUCAUGUUCCAGCAUCGCAACUACGAAGUCACCAGUGCGCGUCGGAACAGCAAGGUUGUUCGCCGAUACAGCGACUUUGUUUGGUUAUUGGACUGUCUGCAUAAGCGGUAUCCGUUCCGGCAGCUGCCGUUACUACCUCCGAAGAGAGUUGCGAGUGAGUAUCCGUCCCGUGAAGUUUUGUGUGACGUUAAUUGA